AUGUACUUAACACGCCAUGAAACAAAACAAAGCAGCAAAUGUUUUGUGUACGCUUUGGCUUCCUUUGUUACCCUCUUCGCCAUUUGGGUAAUUUUUGCAUCCAUCGUGUUGCGCGUGAGAGAUCCCAAUAUUGAAUUGAGAUCAGUAAGGUUGAUGCACAAAUUUAAUCAUAGCGUUUCACCAUUACCUUCCUUUAAUGUCACCAUCAUUGCUCAAGUCACCAUCACCAACCCAAACUUUGGUCCCUUCUAUUACGGAAACACUUCUGUGAGUAUGUUGUAUGGGAUUUCGAGUGUUGGUGCUUGCCAAUUGCAUGGCGCGAGAGUGAAGGCUAUAGAAACCCAAGAAAUCAAUUGCUUGGUAAACAUGAAGUUCAAUCAUACUAAUGAUAUCCAUUCAGGAAUGCUCAAACUAAGAUGCUACGUAAAAUUAAGUGGUGAAGUGCGAGUGUUGAAGAUUGUAAAGAAGAGGAAGACCAUAGAAAUGGGAUGCAUUAUGAAGCUCAACUUCACCUCGUAUUCGGUUCAACAUCUGCUAUGCUAA